AUGCUUCAACGCCUCCAGUGUGCAACCCGGCGUUGGGCAGAGUGCAAGAGGCUGCCGACGCUUUGCACAAGCUGGCAUCGCCGACAUGGAGGUUUGGUGGAUUUGCACGAGCUGGAUCCCCGGAGUUUCCUCAUUGUCGAGGUGAAGCGGGACCGGCCUGGCGUGCUGGGGGAAAUCCUGGAGCUGUUCACGCGAUCAGCGAUCAACAUGACCCACAUCGAGUCCAGGUUUAAGUCUUUUGCUCGAGAUGGGCCCUCCUUCCACAUCGACUUUGAAGGUUCCUUGAAGGACGCGCAGGUUCAGGAGCUGAUGAAGGCAAUCAAAGGCCUGCCUGGUGUGUACGACGUCCUGCCAGAGACCCCUAGAGAAGUCCCAUGGUUUCCCAUGAAUAUCCGUGAGCUGGACCUCACGGUCGACACCUUGGACGGAGGCACUGAGCUGAUCAAUGAGGACCAUCCUGGUUUCAAUGAUCCCGCAUAUCGAGAAAGGCGCUUUGAGAUCGUCUCCCUGGCGAAGGCCUACAAGCACGGAGAGAAGCUGCCACGGGUGAGGUACACAGAGCAAGAGACUGCCACUUGGCAGGCAGUGUAUGAAAGAUUGGGGUCGUUGCACGACAAGUGGGCCUGCAGGGAGUACAGAGAAAUGCUGCCGCAGAUGGAGAAGUACUGUGGUUAUGCGGUGAACAACAUUCCGCAGCUGGGCGAUAUCUCUGAUUUUUUGCAGCAGCGCACUGGCUUUACCUUGCGCCCCAUCAGCGGAUUGUUGAGUGCACGGGACUUCUUGAACGCGCUGGCUUUUCGAGUGUUUUACUCCACCCAGUACAUCAGGCAUCACGGGAAUCCCUUCUACACGCCAGAGCCAGAUAUUUGCCACGAGCUCUUGGGACAUGUGCCGCUCUUCGCCAACCCCGCCUUUGCGGAUUUCUCCCAGGAGAUCGGCUUGGCAUCUUUGGCCGCUACAGAUGAGGAUGUGGCAAAACUGGCUGCCGUUUACUGGUUCACCGUGGAGUUUGGUCUUCUGCGAGAAGGCGAAGAUGUGAAAGCCUUCGGCGCGGGAGUUCUGAGCAGCUUUGGUGAGAUGGAAUGGGCCUGUGCCGAUGUGCCCUCGCAGGAGUGUCGGGAGAUGGGCAGCAUGAAAGAACAGCUGAAGCCUAUCCUUCGGCCCUUGGACCCCUGGGAGGCAUCCAAGCAGGAGUAUCCGAUUACCACAUAUCAGCCAGUCAUGUUCUGCGCAGAAAGCCUGGAGGAUGCCGAGUUCCGGAUCGCACAGUUUUGCGACUCCUUGACUCGGCCCUUCUUUCCGCAGUAUGAUCCGCUCACCCAAACCAUUCGCGUGACCAAAGCCAUUCGGAGAGCGACCCGGCACUCCACCGUUGAGCUGCAACGUCAGAAGCAGAUGGAAUUCUUCGAGAAAGGAAAGUCAAGAGAGAAUUGA